AUGUUUCAAAAUUAAGAAGGAUCUUAAGGUGAAGUACUCCAUCCUAAAACUCAUAUGUAAAUAUAGGCUGUCUAACAUGAAAAAAUUAUUUAAGGCUUUGAUCAUGAUCCUGAUAAAUUUUUAGGUGAAUUUCAAUUCAACACUCAUUAACUAACAAGAUAAUAUAUAGUUGGAGAAGGUACUAAACAACAUUAAUUUAAUAGGAACAUAGUUAAGAUUAUAUUUUACUAAAAUAACUCCUAAAAAUAUUUAACUCAAAGCAUCAUUAGCAAUUAUACAUGGAUUUGGUGAACAUUCAGGAAGAUUUUUACAUGUAUCUCUUUUACUUUACAAUAAUAGUUAGCAGAUUUUUAUGCCAAAGCUGGAUUUGAAAUAUAUAUGAUUGAUUUAAGAGGAUUUGGUUAUUCUGGUGGUGCAAGAGGAUGUGCAACAUAAUAAUAAUUGCUUUUAGAUGUUAAAGUAUUAGUUUAAUAAGUAAAUCCAUAAUUACCUUUGUUUUUAUAUGGUCAUUCUAUGGGAGGAUUAGUUGUAUUAGCUUUUACAUUAUUAAAUCCAGCUAUCUAAAUUGCUGGUGUUAUUGCAACAAGUCCAUUAUUGGGAUUUCCAUCUGAUAGAAAAUUAGAUUGGUUAAAACUUAAUUUUGUUACUACUGCAGGUAAAAAAUUAGAAGACAUGGUUGUUAAUAGUAUGGUUAAUCCGACUGCUUUAACAAAAAAUAAUAAUUAAUUAAAACAUUCCUUUGGAGAUAGAUUAAUGAUACCCUUCUGUGGUUUAAGUAUGGCUGCUUCUAUCUUAUCAUCAGUAAAGAUGAUGAAAGGACAUGCUCAUCUAUUUCAUAAACCAUUAUUAAUUUUACAUGGAAAAUAAGAUGCUGUUACUAAUUAUCAUGAUUCUGUUUAUUUCUUUGAAAAUUGUAAAAGCUAAGAAAAAGCCUUAAAACUAUUUGAAAAUGGCUAUCACGAAUUAUAACAUGAUGAAGAAUGCGAUGAAUUAAUGACAAUUACCUUAGAUUGGUUAUAAAGGCGUCUAGACAACGCUAAAAUCCUUGGUAAUGUUCCAACUGUCAUUAAUGUACAACCCAUAAAGAGAAAAUCAAAUAAAAAAUUGAAGAUUAUCUUAGCAAUAUUGAUUGCAGCAUAUUUUAUUAUAACCAUAAAGUAAAUAUUGUUAUAUAAUCAAUAGAUAUAAGGAUUUAGCUUAGGGGUCUAAACUUAAGCAACUAAUUAUCCCAUUAUUGUUAUUUAAAAAAUGAAUAAAUUAGUUUAUUAUUUUUAUCCGAG